GAUGAAUCAUUGAUUAAUUUCUGCCUUACACUUUUUGGACUUCCGUACACAGGUGCUUAACUGUUGAAGCUCUCCCUCUGCUUCGGGCUUAUGGUAUUCCUCGUUGCCGUCUCCGCCUCCGGCUAGAGAUCUCCACCGUUACCCUGCAGUUUCUCUUCCUCUACGAACAGUGAUUUCAUUCAUUGAAUCCUCAUCCUAAUCAGCGAACCAUCGCUUGAGCUCUCGCUUGUUCAGCUGCUACACUAUCACCACCGGCGAUUCUCUGCAUUAAGAACUCUUUGGAAUAAUCGGAAUCGCGGCGCUAACGGAGAAGGUAGUGUUCUAACUAUGGCCACGGGUUGGAGAUGGUGCUAUGUCAUCCUAGUCAUUCUACUGCUUGCUCCGUUCGUGGCUUCUUCACGUUCAGUUAUCAGGAAUUUACCUGGCUUUUCUGGUGACCUCCCAUUCAAACUUGAAACUGGAUACAUAGGAGUGGGAGAAGAAGAGGAAGUGCAAUUAUUUUACUUAUUUGUGGAGUCUCAAAGAAAUCCCUCGAAAGAUCCAAUCUUACUUUGGUUUGUUGGAGGCCCUGGUUGCUCUGCGCUUUCUGCAUUUCUUUUUGAAAAUGGACCAGUAACAGUUGACCGCAGUUCCAGUGGGGUUCUUCCAACACUUGUAUUAAACCCCUACGCUUGGACGCAGGUACUCAAUGUCAUGUACAUAGAUUUACCGGUUGGCACAGGAUUUUCUUAUUCGAAAACACAAGAAGGCUACCAUAGCAGUGAUAUGCUGUGGAUUGAGAAUACAUAUGAUUUUCUACAGAAGUGGUUUAUUAAUCAUCCUGAGUUUGGCUCAAAUCCAUUUUACAUUGGUGGUGGAUCGUAUUCAACUAUGCCAACUGUUCCUCUUGUUAAAAAAAUAUAUGAAGGUUACAGAGAAGGAAGCAAUCCGCUCAUAAAUAUCAAAGGUUUUGUGCUUGCCAGCCCAGCAACUGAUGCGUUUCUUGACUUCAACUCACAAGUUGUUUAUGCACACCAGAUGAGUCUUAUAUCGGAUGAGCUCUAUGAGUCAAUGAAGGCAAGUUGUAAUGGUGAUUAUCUCAACAUAAAUCCAAACAACACAAAGUGUGUCUCAGAUUAUGAGGAAUACUCUCGUCUGAUUCGCUACAUAUACCUAAAUCAAAUUUUGGAACCUGUUUGCAUUACGACUCCCAAUGACAAUGAAAGAAUUCUCUUGGAAGAUCCAUCAGAAGGGAUCCUCCAGUCGUUGCAGAACCUUUCAGCAUUCUGGUGUCGUGGAUAUGACCACAUGCUUGUUAACCAAUGGGCAAAUAAUGAGGAUGUUAGGAAGGCUCUUCAGAUUAGAGAGGGAACUAAAGGGGAGUUCUUGAGAUGCAACAUGAGUUUAUCAUACAAAACUCAUCUACAAAGUGUUGUUGAUUAUCAUCGCAUGCUCACUAAGACAAACCUUCAAUGUCUUGUAUACACUUCUGAUCUUGACCUGGCAAUACCACAUAUUGGUACACAAGCUUGGAUAAAGUCACUGAACUUGAAAAUAGCUGAUCCUUGGCGUGCAUGGUUUGUUGAUGGUCAAGUUGCCGGAUACACACAAAUCUACAAGAACCAUGAGUACUUCUUGACAUAUGUUGCCGUGAAAGGUGCGGGUCAUGUAGCCCAAUCAUUUAAACCUAAAGAAGCUUUCCAAAUGAUAGACAGGUGGUUCUCAUAUGCUCUUAUUUAAGGAAGACUCACUCGGGUUCUUGUCGGGUCAUAGGCCCGAAAUGUCGCUUCAAGUUAAGCGAAUCCCAAGGUUGGUUGCUGCUCAAACGCCCAAAUAUAAAUCUUAGUUUGGUUUGGCCCAUGUACAUCCGGCAACCAAUUUUUAUAUUUAGAUCGGAGGGACGUUGUUUUUAUUAUUGGUUGAUCCAACUAAUUUCUUUUGAUUUGGAGACCCUUCAAGAAGGGUUCGAAAUUUCUGUUCCAAAGCUUCUAUUGUGGCAAAACAUUUACAGCAUAUGCAAAAUAAAUAAAAGCUGGGAUCUGCAAUAUUGCAAAAUCUUAA